UUGUGUUGUGUUUUUUCCUCCACUUUUUAAUUUUAUUCCUCGCGAUAGCAAACUGCAAGAAGGUUAUUGACUGUGACGUCGCAGUGUGGCCGCUGUUGACUAAUGUCGCUAACCACCGAACCACGCUACGCGUACGGAUUUGUCCAAAAUUAAACGCACAGUGGAGACUUCUUCGCUGUCAUUGUUUUUAACCACUGUUUUCAUUAAUUUGGAUACAAAUAUCUUAACUGGCAACUUGGAUAAUAGAUCUAGAUCUUCUUUUAUUUCCAUGUACAGAUGGAUCUCAGUAUUUUUUUAAAUAGCAUUCGUAUUAUUUGAAGAAUUCAAAGGAAGAACAAACAACAGCCAGCGGAGGUAACCCAUUCUUCGUUUCACCACGAUUUUCAAACGUUGUUUUUAUAACAAAAAUCUACAUCGCUACAUCACUUAAACUCGAACAUGAUGCAGCGUUUGUAUAUAAUAUAGAGUGACUUAACUGCAGGACAACAUUGAGGGACUAUAAUUAUUCAAAGACAUCUUUUCUACCGCAGAAUCCUGUGAGUUUUUUUCAAACGUGGAUUAUCAAAGUGGAUAUUUCACCAAAGAACUUUGUUAUUUCUGUUAUGGUAGCAAUGUAAUUGUUUAAAAAAAUAAUUUUACAUGUUUUAUGUGACGAGGUAAUGUUCUUCGGAUACUGAAAAAAAAUUCGCAUGCAGCGUCAUAAAACCGAUCGUCCGAAAGCGACCGCAAGAUGAUCCUAUUGUAGACUACAAAAAAGAGGAUUCAUUUCAUUCCCCACGAAGGUCACCACGCGCAACGAAGGUCACCACGCACCACGAAGGUCACCACGCACAACGAAGGUCACCACGCACAACGAGUGUAAAAUCUUCGACGCCGCGUGCGUUGAAUGCGGGGAUGGUCCCCCGCACAGGGCUGCCAUGCCCUCCCCCACCCCGCUUAGCAACAAGACCUCCCCCGACCCUGGCGCCUUCGGGGAGAGAGACCCGCUGACCCGGGCAUCCAGUGAUGAGAGCGGCAGGAGCCUGGGUCAGGAGCUCGGAUCUGCUGGACAAGCCCUGACCCUGGGGACAGGAGCCGCAGGGACGAAUCCGGCCACGGUCGACACGACGUUGGCUGUACGGAAGCGGGACGGUAUGGGUGUACAGGAGGUGAAGCCGCUCAACAGGUUUGACUUUGGCGAUUUCUACCCGGACGGCGGGUGGGGCUGGGUGGUGCUGGGUGCCGCCACAGUUGUCCACGCCCUCUGCAAUGGCUUCCACCUGGCCUAUGGCACCCUUUAUCUCUCCAUACAGAAAAAAUUUCGAACUUCGGACAUUUCCACAGCCUGGCUGGGCAGCCUCGGCAUCGCCGUGUCCCUCUUCAUCUCCCCCAUCGUCACCAUCAUCUGCCGGAGGAAAUCGCCGCGCCUCUUCGCGGUCAUCGGCGGCCUGAUCAGCGCCCUGGGCUGCCUUUUUCUCGCCUUCUCCACCCAGCACGAGCAGCUGUUCACCAGCCACUGUGUCGUCAUGUCGCUAGGCAGCGGCUUCACCAUCGUCACGGCCAACAUCAUGGUGGGAAGGUACUUCCGGCGGAAGCGGGAACUCGCGGAGAUGAUUCUGGUGGCAGGAAGUGGAGUUGGAGCUGCUGUCAUGUCCACCCUCUUGAGGGAACUUAUUUG